AUGUGCAUUCCUUCUGUACUUUGCACAGCUACGGAGGAGCUACAGCUUAAAGAUGAAGCGCAUCACUGCGCUUGCGAAUGCGUCGCUGCUGCGCCUAGCUCUGUCACUCCCCGAUGUGGCUCACAGCUGAUUACAAUAGAAGUGAAAUUCAAUCCCAAUUACUACGCAGAUGGAAAAUUCACGGACUGGAUUGUAGUUGGUGUUUCAGGCCGACCAGAAUGUCGCCUUCGAGGAAACGGCGAAACACAGUACGUGAUUGAAAUUGCUGUAUUCAAUGACCCAUGCCUCACGCAGAUGCCGGCUCCAGGCGUGUUCCAGAACAGAAUUCGUAUAGGACAAAAUCCUGCAGUAAUUCUACAAGGUGAUCAGACGCUCACUGUAAAAUGCGUCUACGGACUGCCUGAGGUGGAAACGCUACCACUACCGAUCGUCAGCCCGAAUUUCAAUAUUGAAAGCGGAGCAACCACAUCCGUCGGUCUUCCUUCUGGUGCCAUCAUUCCGACAUCUCACACCAUCACUGGCACGCUACCGCAACCUCAACUCCAACCACAUCCUUCCGUCACUGGACGAGCAGGCUCCGGGGCCUUAGAAAUCUCGGAGAGUACACAGGAUCCCGACAAGCACGUCAGUGUCGAUGUGGCCAGUAUCGGUACCCAGUUAGAGGAACUGCUCAGGAGACAAAAUCUCAAUAAUGCUAAUGGACAUCAAGGUGUACAUGCGAAUCAGUUGACAGAUAUAUUAGAUGGCCGAAAUCCCGGCCCUAAUUCAAUUGUCCCUCAGUUGCCUUCACGCAUCACGGAUAGGACAGGAAGCAGCGAAGGAACAAGGAAUAUCAACGAUAUUAGCGACACACAAGUAGGCAGUCACGCCGUGGAGCAGCCCGCGAAGACUGAUACUGCGACUGUUGACGGGAACAAUGCUGGAGCGCAGCAGCGUAGCCGUGCGGGUAAUCUUUCUGUCUGGUUAUUACCAUUACUUCUUGGAGCAGUACUGCUCGCUUUGUGCAUCCUCUGUUGCCUCUAUGUAUGCCUGAAAAGGAGGCAUGAGGCAAAGCAGAACCGAUCACGUCUGCUUGUUGGUAUCCCUGGAGGACCCAAUGCAGCGAAAAACAACGCUCAUCAUCUAUGGUGGGGUGGCAGAGAUGGUAGCCGGGGUGAUCGAGUUGAUUAUCCAGAGGGACACUCCAAUUCUGCUGCCAUUUCACCUUCUGACUCACAAGAAACUUCAUCAACAGCACAGGCAACACGCAGCGCAUCUUCUGCGCCAUCUGCCAAGCCGCGGGGAAUAUUCAAGAAAAAUUCUGGUAGAAACAUUGACAGAGAGGAUGCCACACCUUCUAUGCGAGACAUGUAUGGAGCAUCUAGAGAUGGCAGUAAUACAUCGCACUAUGCUGCGUCAGGAUUUUAUGGAAGAAAACAAUUUGAGGCUGAUGUUCCAAGCCGGCAGCCGAGUUCAACUCGCGCCGACUAUUUGAGUACGUCGGAAAAGACCAAUAACAACGGGAUGAACUUGAGGUCAAAUUUGGAAGAAUACGUGCAGCGAGCUCAUUCUCAGCGCAACAGCCAGCGUAGCCAGUAUGCGUCUCGUUUGGAGUUUAACGAGCCGGACUUGUUUAGCGAACGUGGAGUGGACAUUGGCGCGGAGACCAGUGGGCAGCAGAUACUGCCAAAGAGCUACUCGGAAUGGCGUCACUGCCUUAUUGCUGGGUCGUCAAUGAACAGAGCAGGUAGCCUAAAGGUGACUUCGCUCGAAGAGGAGGCUGGUCGUCCUGAGGAUUCUGGAAUAUCCUCAUAUAGAUCUAUAACAGAAAUAUAUCAUGCUGCUGAAACUGCAGAGCAGGGUAAACCGGAAGAGACUCACAAGGGAGAACUUCUGGUUGAACACCGCGAUGUUCCUUCGGUGGAGGUGCUGGAGAAGUGCGUUCUACCUAUUCGUGGAUUUGGCGCUAGAAAACUGACAGAGCAGGAACUUGGUCGUUGGCGCCAACUCCUGAUACGGGACACCAUGUUCAGACGACAAUUGUUGAUGAGCACGAGUGUCCAAGAACUAGACGACAUCUCACAACAGCCCGAGUACCGUAAUCUAUUUACACGUGAAAAAUGGGCACAGAUUAUGCAGUGUGUAUAUAAUGCGCUCAAUCAGAAUACUGCUCCAACACUUGAGACUGCGACGUCAAGUUCUCAAUUAAAUGUCUACAUUGGUAACGUAGGCUCCGACUGGUGA